AUGCCCAUCAACAUGCAAAGCGAUUAUCUUGUUCUCCGAUUCGAGGAUCAAGGUGCUGUUCAAUUAAGGAUCCCAAUUCCGCGCCAUAACCCUAAAGCUCCCCCGUGCUAUGAAAUGGCGAUUCUUCCCCGAGACGUCUACAGCAACUUAGGCGCCGAAUGUUAUAGACAUCCUUACGCGCCUGAGUUGUAUCGGCUCAUUGGAGCAAGAUCCAGACGACUUUCAGCCCCCGAGCUUACAAUCAUUUGUCGCCGUAUGCGCCAUGCUAUUCACCUUGGCAUACGUCGCGCUCGAAUCGCUCAAGGGCUCGAAACUUUGAACUUCGAUGCGGAAACAUUCGAUCCCCUGCCCGUCUACACCAAGCUUCCAUCCGCUGGUGAAACGACGGAGAUCUCCCCGUUCACCCUUUCUGAGCGGCUUCCGAGCUACGGUGCUGCUUACCCUAGGGGAACAAAGAGAAAGCUCGAAAAGGUGGCAGACCCGGGAGAUUGGAGGUGUGUGAAGAGAAGGCUCAUGGGGGAGAAGGCACAGGCUAAGCAAGGCGAUAUCUCAGGCUUGCUCAGUAAGCUCCAGCUUAUUGACAUCUCCGACAUGUUCAAGAGGCUCAGCCUGUCCUACACGAUGAACGAUGACACUUCGAUCGUGAAUUAG